AUGGCAAAUUAUAGAGGAUGUGUUGGAGAAGGGCUUAGGGCUUAUAGUUCUCUUCUUCCCGAAUAUACUCACACACACUCCAAGAAACUAGAUGCUAUGUGGGAACCUCAUGAGCUCUCUCUACCGCCGCAGGAGACCCUUCCCUUCGGAGAAGGGACCGAGGCCGGGGUGCUGGAGCAGCCCAGAGCGCCGCUGCCCUUCCCUUGGAUGAAGUCGACCAAGUCUCACGCGUGGAAGGGACAGUGGGCUGGCACGGGUGGCUCCUACGUGGUGGAACCGGAGGAGAACAAGCGGACCCGGACAGCCUACACCAGGGCGCAGCUGCUGGAGCUGGAGAAGGAGUUCCUCUUCAACAAGUACAUCUCCAGGCCGCGCCGGGUGGAGCUGGCCGUCAUGCUGAACUUGACCGAAAGGCACAUCAAGAUCUGGUUCCAGAACCGGAGGAUGAAAUGGAAGAAGGAGGAGGAGAAGAAGCGAGGCCCGGGGGGCGUCGGGGGCAACCAGGAGCCUGAGCAGGACUCCGCCGUCUCCUCGGGGGAAUUACCCGGGAAGGAGGAAGGGCAAGAAGACGAGACCCCCGUCGCCAAGCUGCUGCUCCCCGCCAGCCCCGCCGUCUCCCCCCGCCGUCUCCCCCCGGAGACGCGGUGA